ACCCGAUAUAAAGCACGGCUCCUCACCACUUUUCCAGACGACAGCACAUGACCACGGGUGCAGGUGGUGCCGUAGCUGCCUGUUGCAUGCUGCUGCUGCUGCUGCUGCUGCUGCUGUUGCUGUAAGGACCCGAUGACUUGCUGGAUGCCUGGGUGCCCAGCUCUCAGCAUGUGCCGGGGGUUAGCUGCACUCCCCAUCACUUGCCUGGAAAGAGCCAAGGAUCUGAAGACCCGCUUAGGGAUCCUGCUUCAUAAACCAGAGCUGGGACACAGGAUUGGGACCUCCAGCAAAUUGCAGCUGGGCUCCAGGCGGAGAGACUCCUCACAAGAGGUACUCGAAUGGAGGGAGUCCUUCGACCAGCUCCUGAAGAGUAAAAGUGGGGUGACAGCCUUCCACACCUUCCUGAAGACAGAGUUCAGUGAGGAGAACCUUGACUUCUGGCUGGCUUGUGAGGACUUCAAAAAGACCCGGUCGAAAACCAAGCUGGCCUCCAAGGCCAACAGGAUCUUUGAGGAGUUUGUCCAAAGUGAGGCCCCCAGGGAGGUGAAUAUUGACCAUGAAACCAGGGAGAUCACCCGGAAGAACCUUUCAGGUGCCACUUCUGCUUGCUUCAAUGAAGCCCAGGCCAAGACCCGCACCUUGAUGGAGAAGGACUCCUACCCCCGGUUCCUGAAGUCUGCCUCUUACCAGGACAUGACCAAGCAGGCCACCAGCCGCGGCAUCAGCAAGCGGUCGCAUACCUGACCCGAGCCUGAAUCCACUGCGCGGGGACAGGCUGGGGGACCAGGCAGAGGCUGAGAGGCAGCGUGCAAGGACUGAGGUCUGUGCGGUGGGGUUUUCGCUGAAGUCCUGGAAUUUCAGGAGGAUCCCCAGGACCUCAAGUGCUUCUGCUUCUCACCGAGCUGCUGGGAAGAGAGGUCCUCCCUCCCCGGAGGAGCAGAGCAGGUGGGAAUGGCUCACAUGCCAGCGUGUGCCCGAUGCCUCCCCUUGCAGCACAACCAGAGACCUGCACCACCACAGGGACAGAAAGAAAUAGGAUUUGAGUUGCAAGCCUGGGAAAAAGAGGCUAGAUUCCCCUGAGCAUCUGUGACCGGAGCGCUCCAGCCUGCCUCUGACCUGCAGCAUCAGCUGCUGGCUGCAGAGCCAGUGCAGGAGCCUGUGAUUCCCGCGGUGCCCAGGGCAACUGCCCCAGACCUGCCUGCAGGGCUUUUUCUAUGAGGGAAUGGCGAGGAUAAAAGUCCAAAGACUAUGUGGCAUCUUCAGCUGGAGGGACACUGUGCCUGCCUUCUCCUGAUCCUGAGAUCCUUAUGCUGCUGUUUCCUACGCAUGCUCUGCAUCAAAGCUUUACACCUUCUUCCAGUACAGCGUGUCCCUAGCAGUGACGUUUUUAUCCCUUGCUUAAACUGCAUGACCUUUAGAUUGCACAUAAUCUUAGGUCACAUGCAUAACUUUGGAUUACUAUUACUGUUAUUUAUUUUAUCAUCAUUAUUCUUAUAUAGAUGUUUAUUAGAAAAGCACUGCUCAAAGCAUAUGCAUGUCCCUUGCUCCAAGGAGCUUGUAAAUUAGUUUUGGAUAUUGUAGCAUUUAGCAUGCUUCCCACCUUUUCUGUAUAAUAACUUGAAGGAUGUUCAGACAGAUCUGUAACAUGACCAUGGAGCAAGGUAUGUGAAUAGCAGCAGCGAGAGCUGCGGUCAGGCAGGGCUGUUAGAGGGGUCUAAGGUGGCGGGUUUCCCAUGAGCUCAGAGAACUAUUGACGGCAGUAAAAGGAUGCUUUGCAUUCUGUGCUGUUUCCUUUCUCUCCUUAAAGAUGUGGAUGGCAUCUCUGCACAUAGACUAGCAGCUUGUCCUAGACAGAGAAUAGCGAUGUAAAACAGGCACUUUGGUGAGUGAUCAUAUUGAAAACUUAUUUUUUACAUACGGGAGAGAAAACCUGGGGCUUUCCUCUGGUUUAAAAUUGGACUUGGCAUUCCCUUGGCUGGUGAAACCGGUCUGCAGCCACAGCACUUUACCAGAAACCCAGGGAGCCAAGCAAAAUGCUGUGAAUUCAGUGUCGUGGGGGGCAGCAGGACAUUUCAUCAGUUCAGGCCUGUGGUGUGACCUCUUCAGAAAGCCCUUAUGAGCAGGUGUUUCUGGGUCCUGCAGCCUCCCUGAAAAGCUAUGGAUCCUGUUUGGCAGCAACAGUGCCAGCAGCUGUGUGGGUGGGUGAUGGGAAGCCCACCAGUGGCCUGUGCUGGGUUCCCAGGAACGUGCUACUAGCAUUGUUUCCUACUGAUACAGCCUGAGGCUGCCACGUGUACCUCCAUUUAUCCCUAAAGACCAAACCUGGAGGUCCUUAUCCCACUGGUACUCACUCCUUGCCAAGGGAACCAUCUUUUGCUCCCCCAGCAUUGGCAGGAGCACAGGAUCUCUCGGGCUUUGUGCAGCUGUUUGAGCAGAGCAAGGGACCGAGGACCAGUUUGGGGUCAUUAUUCUAAGUCCUCUUCCAUCUUUCCCCAUCCCGGUUCUACCUCUGAGCCUCGGUGGGUCCUGGCCGUGUUUACAGGGAGAUUUUAGCUGUUUUCUUAAUUAUUAUUUAUUUUUACAACUGGAACCACCUUUGUUGUGUUACUGAAGUGAACAACACACAAUGGUCUGUUUCCAUUUCUAACAAAGUAUUGUCGUUAUAAAAUAAAA